UCUCUCUCUGGCCUGCUGACGUCAUCGGGCCGCUCCGCUUCCUGCCGAGUCGCCAGCGGACACACACACCCACACGCACACACUCACAUACAGAAAAAACACACACUCCUACAGGGGAAACACACACAGUGUGCAGCAGCUCCAGAGGAGACGCGGACGUGUCGGGUGGAGUUGUGUUGAGGUUCUCACUCAACAGGACGGCAGACAUCAUGGUGAACAUCCCGGAUUACUUCGCUGGGAAAAAUGUGCUCAUCACUGGAGCCACCGGCUUCAUGGGCAAGGUGCUGCUGGAGAAGCUGCUGAGGUCAUGCCCAGAGGUCAAAACUGUGUAUGUGAUGGUCAGGUCAAAAGCCGGCCAGUGUCCCAAGGCCCGCAUCGAUGACAUGGUCAGCUGCCCGUUGUUUGAAAGGUUAAAAGACGAGCAGCCCGACUUUGCGGUGAAGAUCGUUGCGGUGAGCAGUGACCUCACGCUGCCGGAGCUGGAUCUGAGCAAAGAGGAUCAGAGCGUCCUGGCUGAAAACGUCCACAUCGUCUUCCACUGCGCCGCCACCAUCCGCUUCAAUGAGCCGCUCAAAGAUGCGAUGCAGCUGAACGUCCUGGCCACACAGAAGAUGCUGGCGCUGGCCCACAGGAUGAAGCAGCUGGAGAUCUUCCUCCACGUCUCCACCGCCUACGCCAACUGUGACCGAGAGCUCAUCGAGGAAGUCGUCUACCCUCCACCCGUCGACUACCGGAGACUCAUCGAUACUCUGGACUGGAUGGAUGAUGAACUGGUUUCCACGCUGACUCCCAAGCUGAUCGGAGAACGUCCCAACACGUACACCUACACCAAAGCCUUGGCUGAGUAUAUGGUGCAGCAGGAGGCCGGGGACCUGAACGUGGCCAUCGUCAGACCCUCCAUAGUCGGAGCCAGCUGGAAGGAGCCUUUUCCAGGCUGGAUUGAUAACUUCAAUGGCCCCAGUGGGAUAUUCAUCGCAGCUGGUAAAGGGAUCCUGCGGACGAUGAGGGCGUCUAACGAUGCUGUAGCUGAUCUGGUGCCUGUGGACGUGGUCAUCAACGCCACGCUGGCUGCAGCCUGGUUCUCCGGAUCACAAAGACCUAAAAACAUCAUGGUGUACAACUGCACGACCGGUGGGAUCAACCCGUUCCGCUGGGGGGAAGUCGAGUACUGUAUAAACAUGACCUUCAAGACCAAUCCCUUAGAGCAGGCCUUCAGAAGGCCCAAUGUCAAUCUGCGCUCCAACCCCUUUACUUAUCAGUACUGGACCACUGUCGGCCACACGCUGCCGGCCCUGCUCUAUGACGGCUAUCUCAGGUUGACAGGCCGCAAGCCCCGGAUGAUGAAGACGAUCACCCGCCUCCACAAAGCCAUGAUGGUGUUGGAGUAUUUCACCAGUCACACCUGGGUGUGGAACAACGACAACGUGGGCAUGCUGUUGACCCAGAUGAGCCCCGAGGACAAGAAGAUGUUUAAUUUCGAUGUGCGGCAGCUGCACUGGGCGGAAUACAUGGAGAACUACUGCAUGGGCACCAAGAAGUACGUCCUGAACGAGGAGCUGUCCGGACUCCCUGCUGCUCGCAAACACCUGAACAAGCUCAGGAACAUCCGCUACACCUUCAACACCGUCCUGGUGGUGUUCAUCUGGCGCGUGUUCAUCGCCCGCUCCCAGAUGGCCCGAAACAUCUGGUACUUCGUGGUGAGCCUGUGCUUCAAGUUCCUCUCCUACUUCAGAGCCUCCUCCACCAUGAGAUAAUGAGCCGGGGGACGCGGCUGGCGAGGUGGAGGGACGAAGACGAGAAGAAAACCCUGGAGCUCGGCCUGUGGAAUGGUUCCACCAACACUCAAGAUGAACUGGAUCCAUUCAAACACCAGGGACACAGAUGGAGCCACUGGACGAGCCUCUGAUAUCUCAGAUAAUCUCCUCAGAGGAUUUAUCUCACAAUGUCGCAGACUAACAGCACUUGGACUAGUUUAAGAACCAGGAGCCCUCUCUCUGCUCCGGUUCACAUUCACACUCUGUGGCGCCAGCUUUACUCCGGAGCACUUCCUGUAACCCCCGCUCGCCUGGCUGCAACCUGAAGCUAUGCACUGGAUGAGGCUCUGCUGCUAGAAGCCUCCGCUGGUCCUGAGUCAGUCCAGACAUUGUGGCUGUUCCGUAGGUUUUUUCUCUAAACGUAGUCUAACCCGCUUCACCUGCUGCGUGGGUCGCGACUCUCUCACGCUAUUUUGUAUCUGCCUGUAAGUUUGUGUUGAGGGUCUUGUCAGUUUAAAAGAAAUGUUUCCAAAACCUGUUUUCAAAAAAACGUACAUGAAAGAAAGAGGCUCAGGAUGAACCGCUCGGUUUCUGGGGGACGUUGAAGAUGACGGAUUGUUUCUGAACCAACUCGGAGAAUGUUUGUUCGGGAACAGGCCGGCUUAGCGAUCGUAGAUAAAUCCGUCAUCAUCCUCAAAACCAAAGUCUUUCCACCCAUUGUUCAGGUUUCGGUCUCGUUUACCGAGACGACAUCUUAUCAACAGUUGUCAUUGGUCGUCUUUCCCUCUUCCUGCUUUGCAAACACUCGCGUCUGAAAGUCAUUAGUGACGACUCCUUUCUUGCCAAAGACUCGUAGCUCGGUGGAGGAGGAGCCCGGCGGAGUCCAGAGGAGGAGUCUCGUCACGUUCGGCUCCUUCUUUCCGUUUAAUGCUUUGAAAUGUGAACUUUCAUCUUCUCAAGUCGCAGCCAGAACACAUUCAUGUUGACUCCUCGCGUUCUCUCUUAGUAAACCCAUUUCACAUGGCUCUGACUGUCGCUUGUCUUCUUUGUGAAUUUGAUUUUGAACUAAGGAGCAGGUUUUUCAGGAUUCUUCUUCAUCUUUCUGUUCUGCCUUCAUUUUUCCUUCUCGCUAAAAAACACUUUCAGAAAAGAACGGGCAACGUAAGCUGAAAGUCGAGCAUCAUUCAUCUCCGAGUUUCCACAGGAAUCUCUCUUCAGUGCCAUAUGAAGUCUGAAGUGAACACACCUGAGGUUUACCUGUGCACAUGUUUCUAUUUCCCACACACGAUGUGUGAAGACGAGGGGUGUGACUGUGUGUCGGUUCUUUUCCUCCCCUCUUUAUUCCAGAGCUUUCAGAUCAAGAGCAGCACUCGUUGAUUUCACAUUCAAAACCCUGCGCUCUCACUCAAAUAGCUCAAACUGCGCUUGCACUCAGAUAUUUAGUUGCUUGGACAGAUUCCAUGUGCUCCAGCUUCAGCUCGGCUCCUUGCGCUCACGUUGCUUCUGUGUGCUCAUGAAACGUCUGCUCUCGGAUUUCUCCUCUGCAAACAGGUCUAACCAAGAGAUGCCAGGUGUAGAGAUGACAAAUGAACUCGCUCACCCUCUAGUUGUGGGUGCGUUCGCUGAGUGUGUAAAUAAAGAGGAUGAGAACUGUUAAAACUACCACUCAUAGGGGUGGGAACAUUUAAUUUGUCAACACUACACCUGGCAUUCUACGGGUUGGCUUGUUGCACAAAUAAGAUCCAAGAGCAGAGGAGCAAAUGAUUAACACGAGCGUAGAAGCAGCUUGAGCUCGAGGAGCUGAGCUGAAGCUGGAGCUCAUCAUUUUGAGCACAAGCAGAGCAAAUCCAAGCACAGAGAUUUGAGCGAGAGCAUUUCAAAAUCUGAUCGUGAAAUUAAUAAGUCCUGCUCUGCAACUGGAAGACCACGCUCUCGAGUAACAAGAGUGUGUGUGUGUGUGGGGGGGGGAGCAUGUCAUCUGGUCGUUUGUCGUCGUCGUUGUCGCUCGUGUCUUCAGCUUCACUCACUUCCUGUGUCUUGUGUCUUUUAACGAACGUGACUUUUCACUCCCAGCAACAUGAAGCACUUUCACACGGGCUCAUGUGAUCGGGGGGGGGGGGGGGGAGACGUGUGCAUGCGAGACUUUGUGCCUGAACCUUUGUCGAUAUUCUAACAAUGUGAAAAGAGCAAUCAGAUCUAUGUUUUCUAAUUAUUUUGUGUACAGCUCUAUUUAGGGUAGACUUCAGAAAUCAAAGGUGUAACGGAUGUAUUUUUGUGCUUAUUGACGUUGUGGCUGUUUUACUGACGCAGCUGCAGCUGCUGUAAAUAACAUACGUGUGUGAACAUGAGCGAUUUGUUUAAUAACUGUUUUAAAAAUCUGCUUGUCACUGUUUACGUACAUGUUCUUUCUGUCUGGAUGUGGAACAACACGGCCGGAAUCAUCUGCACAGAACCUGACUCAUGAAACAACAAGUUAGCAAAUUGUACUUCCCUGAAUUUGAGGCUGUGCGAUGAAUCCUCGCCGCUGUGACUCGACUUGUCGUGAAGGUGUGUGUUUGUGUGCAGGUCAGAUGUUGUGACGCUUUCAUCUGACGUGAUUUAAGUCACGUUCUCGUCGAGCUCGUUCUUGUGAUAAGAGACGUGAGAUGUGGGAAAUGAUCCUUUCUCGAUUUUUGAUGUCUGGAAAUACUGAUGUCGUUGAAAUAACCUCAGAGUGAACUCGGAAAGAGACGCGUCGAUCCUUUGAUUCAAAGGAAACCGGUUUUCAAAUCUUGAGUAUUUCCGUAUCAAAUCUUAGUUAAAGGAAUAGUUUGGACUUUGGGAAAUACAGAUGUGCUUCUUUGCUGAGUGUCGGAGGAAAUGUUCUGCUUCACCUCUUCUGUCCGGAAACACAAAUGCAUAAAUCUGUUUUUUGACAAACGCGUUUUCUAACUUUGGCAGAAAACAUUGCAUUCAUGUAAAGCUCAUAUUAAAGUUUAACAAAAUACAUUUUCAGAGUCUUUAACAAUAUACAUAUUUGUAUCUAUCAAAUCUUUUCCAUCAGGCUUUUGUUGGACUAAUUCCAUUUUGUUGUUACAAUCAUUUAAAAACAGACAUUUUGCAUAAACUCAUAAUCAAUGAACUGUUUUCAUGAAGUAGUAAAUGUGACCUGUCUGUUUCAGAGUGGACGACCUGUGUAUUAACAACAUCCGAGUGUGAGUGGUGGCUUUGUCUGUGAAUUAUCAUUUAUCUGUAACUUUUCCAGCUUCUUCUUCUUCUUCUUUUCUUUGCCUCUUCGUCCGUGGCCGACGCUUCACGGAGCCGUUCUGCUCAGGCCGAGGUUGUGGUUGAUUUUCAGACGUUUUAAAAUCUGCGUGGUUCUGAACUUCUUGUUUCAUCGCAACGUCAAAAAAAAACAAAUCGGGCCACGAUGUCGAGUUUCUCUCCACAGUCAUGCGUCCGUGUGAAACUCAAAUAAAAAAAAAACAAUAAAUCAAUGGUGCCUUUUGUUUGUAAACCAAAAAGAAGGAAUAAACAGAUUAAUCCUC